AUGGACUCAAAAAACCACUACACCAUGUCAAUAGGAGCAAUGCUACACAAGUGUGAAAUUGAGCUGACGCAAUUGAAAGAAGACCUGGCGUGUCGGCCACUAGACCUGCCAAGAUCGUACACACCGACGGCCACCGAUCCGCAUUCAGACUCGUCGGCCGCGUCCGUUCCGGCACGAAGAGAUCGCAGAGCGAGUACACGGAAGCAUGCUCCAAUCAGAGUAGCUGCAUCACCGAGAGCCCGAUCUGUGAGUGGGUUCGGGAUGUGGCGUAGCAUCCGGCGGAAAUCUCGUCACGUCUCCACAGAAAGCGAGAGCGAUGGUGAUAAAAGCGUCGAGUUGAUGGACACACCUAGACGAGACGAUCCGAGCGUGCCCAACCGUACUCCUGCUCGUCGGCUAACAGAAGCGUUUGUACUUCCACUUCACGAGACACUCGACGCUAAUCGGCAACGAUACGUUUCCUUCUCAACACCGAAGAAACGAAACGGCCGAAGCGAUGACGAUGUGUUCCAGAUCACCGAACAGCAUCAACUAGUCUAG